AUGUCGAAGCUGAACAUCGACAACUUGAAGAAGGGCAUUGUCCAAAUCCUGGAUGGCAGCAAGGAGAAGCAGCGAAAGUUCCUGGAGACAGUCGAACUCCAGAUUGGCCUGAAGGACUACGACACACAGCGAGACAAGCGUUUUGCAGGCACAAUCAAGCUGCCACAUGUGCCUCGACCUCGCUUGAAGGUCUGUGUGCUGGGUGAUGCUGUGCAUUGCGAACAAGCUCAGAGGGCUAACAUCCCUUUCAAGAGCGUCGAGGACCUGAAGAAACUCAACAAGAAUAAGAAGAUGGUGAAGAAGCUGGCCGAUAGCUUCGAUGCCUUUCUGGCCUCGCAGGUGCUCAUUCCACAGAUUCCCAGAUUGUUAGGGCCUGGCCUCAACAAGGCUGGAAAGUUCCCGACUUUGGUGCAGCACUCUGACAACUUGGAGACCAAGGUGACAGAGGUGAGGAGUCAGGUGAAGUUUCAGCUGAAGAAGGUCUUGUGCAUGGGUGUGGCGGUUGGCAACGUGCAGAUGACGCCAGAUGAGCUCAGGACAGAAUUGCUUGAUGGCCAUCAACUUUCUGGUCUCCUUGCUGAAGAAGAAUUGGAACAAUGUGAAGCGCUUGCACAUCAAGUCGACCAUGGGCAAGCCUUUCACCAUCUACGGCUAAGCGAUGCCAUGCUAAGCAAAGUCGAGCAACGCCAGUCGAGCACAGUCCACGGUGAAGCCUUAAAGCCCAGUGAAAAAAACGGCGGCUGGGUAGAUAGAUUGGUAGAUGGAGGUAGUGAUGGAGGUAGUGGCGCUUCUCUUCGGCAACAUGUCGUGCUUGGACGGUGA